GUAGGGGGCGACAAUCUCUUGCUAUCACGCUGGAGCCGGGUAACGGGGCAGAGAAGAAGAAAAAUGCAGUUAACUGUUUGUUUUGAUUGCAUUAAUCAGCUCGUAUAGGUUAGCAGCAGUCAGGUUCAUUCGCUCUGAGUGGAAAUAUUACCGUAUGGCUUCCUUUUUAUGAGCUACGAAGGUAAAGUAGGGGGGAGUUCAAAUUUAAAUAGUUCAAAUCGACGAACUGGACCGGCUACUUUACAUGUUAGCAAACAUCGGAGCUUCCUUUAAACAGUUUUAUCCUGAGAACAGAGAAGAAUAGGAGAGACUUCAAUAAUCACAAGAGUGCAGGUGGUGUGGUCAGGGUUUUCCAACCUGUCCGUCGGACCUCCGUGUGACUCUUCUUUGAGUGGAGGGGGAGGGGACAGGAAGGAAAACACCCUGGGUCAGGAUGCCUCUGUUCUUCAGGAAGAGGAAGCCCAACGAGGACUGCCAGAAGAGACUCGAGUAUCAGCUGUGCCGGUCUAAGGAAGCUGGUGCUGAUGACAUCCUGGACAUCUCAGCCUGCGGGCUCUCAGAGGUCCCCUCGAGUGCCUUUUCCAUCAGCAAAGUGCUUCAUAAGAAGGUACUUAUCCUCCACAACAACGAGCUGCGGCAUUUGAUGCCCAAAGGGAUUGACAUCAGCACCCUCAUUACAUUAAAAGUUUUAGACCUGCAUGAGAACAAGCUCACCUCUCUGCCAGAGGACAUCGGGAAACUGACGGCACUGCAGAUCCUGAAUGUGGAGAAGAACCAUUUGAAGGCCCUGCCAGAGUCCAUCGGGAACCUGCGCCUCCUGCAGACUCUUAAUUUGAAGGGAAACUGCCUCACUGAGCUGCCGUCCUCUGUUGGUUCUCUGAGCAGCCUGCGGACACUCGACGUGAGUGACAACAACAUUGUGACACUUCCCAAAGCGCUGGCCUACAUCCGCACCUUAGAGAGUUUUAGUCUUGAUGCUGCCAUGAUGUCCUUCCCACCUUCGUCUGUGUGCACAGAGGGAACAGAGAGCAUCCAACGAUUCUUGUGCACGGAGCUGGGAGAGGAGUACUGCCCGCCCUCUCAGUACCUCCUGCCGGUGCUGGAGAGCGACAGCGGCAAGCAGAGCGCCGACUGCCUGGAUGGGUUGGAUGAGGCCUGGCAGAACAAAUUUAGUGACUACGAGAAGAGAAAGGAGCAGAAGCAGCAGGAGAAGUUGGCCUUCGAGAAGCACCUGGAGGAGAAGCAAAGGGAGCAUACCCAGCUUGUAAUGAUGAAAAACUCCAACAAGGAGAACAUCCUCAACUCAGUCCGACAGGAGCAGGAGCGGGUCGAGCAGGGCGUCAGCAAGCAGCAGAGAGCUCAGGAGGCUGAGAGGCAACUGGUGCUGGAGAAAGUCCGACAAGCUGAAGACAACAUCAGCAGUCGCAUCAGCAGCCUGCUGAUGGACAACAACAGGCAGAAAAAGAGCGCAGAGUUCCUCCAAGCCAUGGAGGAGGAUCGGAUCCGUAUGGAACAUCUGACUGCCAUCACGCAGGAAGAAGCUAACUCACUGAGGAAGAAGGAGGUGGCAGCCGCCAUGCAGAAGAUGCUGUCAGACAGCUGCGCCAUGAGCCUCCUCCAGGAGGCCAGUGACUACCGCAGACAGAGCCUGGUCACUGAGGCCUGCAGGAGUUUAGAGAAUUUAGACAGGAAGUUUGACAAGAUGCUGUCCCUCCAAGUUCUGGACAAGUCCAAAGCCAUCGCCCAGAUCUUACAGGAGGAGGAGAUGCAGAAGGCAGCAUUCCAGGCGCUGCAACUUCAAAAAGACGCCGUUCACGGGUACAUCCGUAACCAGAUCCAUCUCAUAGAGGGUGAGUUAAUGCAGCUGACUAAACUGGAGAUUAAAAGACGCAAUCUGGAUGCUGAGAACCUGCAGGAGGUUCUGGUGGAGCAGCGCACGGCGCUCAGUGACAUGUUGCAGCAGCUGCUGAAGCAGAGAGACCAGCGAGAGCAGGAGCUGCGGCAGGUUCUGGCUGAGAUGGAGCUGAAGUCUGAGUCCAACCAGCAGAACUACUGGAUGAUCCAGUACCAGAGGCUGCUGGACGCUAAGCCGCUGUCACUCCGCAUGCAGGAAGCGGGUGUGGAGAAGGAGCUGGUGAACCUGCUGUGUAAACUGUCCGCUCAGCACUACCUGCCCAUCCUGGCUCAUCAUAGAGUGACGACCGAGGCGCUUCGCCACAUGAGCUCCUCCGACCUCAAGAAGUUGGGCAUCAAUGAAGCAGGAAUCCAGAAAGCUCUUCUGAACUGGGCCCGGGAACGCCAGCCUGAAGCAGGAGCUUGUAAGGUCACCAAGCAGGAGGCGGAAGCAGAAGUCACCCCCUCUGCGCCGUCUCCUCCCCCCCUCCGUUCUUUCCCAGCACCUCAAACAUCCAAAUGCCCAGCCCACCACUCACCCCGGGGACCCCGGGGACCCCCGUCACCCCGUCAGCACCCACCCCCGUGGAAGGACCAGGAAGCUCAGAGUGUGUGGUCUGCAUGGAGACCGAGUCUCAGGUGAUCUUCCUGCCGUGUGGUCAUGUGUGCUGCUGUCAGGUGUGCAACGACGCCCUGCAGAACUGCCCUCUGUGCCGGGCCAACAUAUCCCAGCGCAUACGCCUCUACCAAAACUAGACCCGCCGCGGCAGUGCCGCCACGCUUGUCCCUCACCGACUGUCACUUUCACGUAUUUAUGCAUGACGAUGAAGCCGCUGCUGUGUCGUGUCAAGAAGCUUUUAGCAGGUUUUUAAAGCGCUGAGCCACUUUUCCUGUAAUCACCAAACUGUAUUCUGUGAAGGACAUUCUCAGAUCUUUUUAACGUGUUUGUCUCUGGUGGAUUUAUUUGUGUUUGUUCUGUUUAAGUUGUGUAAUUUUUAUUGUUUGUGAUAUAUAAAGAGCCGAGUGGAUGACACCACUCACUGACUGUUCGCUGCCUUCAUGACUGAUGCGUGCCUUUUUCUAGGACUUUUUUUUUUUUUUUAAAUUUUAAAUUCUUGUGUUGUAACCAAAGCUGAAUGUUUAAAUAACUCAGUAUAAUCUGGUGAUCCUUAAAGAUCUGUCCUCAUUGCUCAUCAUUUCCAUCUCUGAUUCGGCCUCUUACUGCUGCUUUUCCUUUCGUCCGUCUGUUUCACCUGUACCAUGUAACACGUCACCUUCUGUGUGUAGCAUCCCUAAUGCUGGUGUAUUUUACCAAGGUGCUCUUAACCUCUCGCAUGCUUCAGCAAAGUCUCUCCUUUAAUAACUCCACAUGAGUUUGUUCAGUGUCAGAGAUUCCACCUCAGUGUCAAUGUGAUCAUAUCGUCUGACUGUAUGAAUAUAAAAUCCAUACGUGUCAUUUCCUGUGGUCAGAGUGAGUGUUUUUUAUUGAUUUUAGCUACACAGGCAGAUAUCUCAACACAGUGUGUGUAUAUAAACAUGAGCUAUAAAACAUCAA